CGGCGGUACCAGUCAGUCGGUAGUCGUUCGAGUGGCCAGACGCGACCGCGGUCGGUUGCGCACCGUUGAAGGAGUACCGCAACGCUCGCGAGUAGUAGUAUCCGUCUGUCUCUGUCUCCAUUACGCCCGUUCCCGGGAACGGACCCACCAACUGAUAAGCUGGUGAUUGCGUUCAGCACUGUGCAGUACUGUGUUUGUCCGGCAGCGCGACGCUACGGACACAGACGGACCGCUCUAUCUACCCUCCGUACGUACCUUCCUGAGUUGGGUGGUGGUCACGCGGCUCAUCCUACGACGUCAUCCCCGAUCGUUCCCGUAUGACAUAGCAUCAACCUUCGGCCUCCCACGUUUCGCCGGUGCCGGUCGGAGGAAACCCCUUAGUGGUCACGCUUGCUCGAUAGCGAACAACGACGCCCUCGGUGGAUCAGUAGCCGCGCCGAAAAGAUGGAUGUCGUUUAUACUUCCGACAGCUGCGACAGUGACUCGCGCGAACAGAAAACCGUUGAUCUGGGCCACUCGAAUAAGCGCCAUCUGGACGAUGAUCUGAUGCGCGUCUCAAAGUCGAAGAAGCUGGCGGAAGACAUCGAGACCGUGCUCCUGAACCACAACAAGCUGGUGCGCGUUCCAUCGUCGCUGGCCGAUUUCACCAACCUGCGGGUGCUGGAUUUGAGCAACAACCAGCUCGAGGAACUACCGGACAUAAUCACGCAGUGCCAGCUGACGACACUGAUCGUGAAGAACAAUCUGCUGACGGACAAAUCGCUACCGAAAUCGUUGCUAGCCGCCGCUGGUAAUGGCCUCCGGGAGCUCAACCUGAGCGGUAAUCGUUUCGAGCAUUUUCCGGAGCAGAUCAUCGAGCUGCGCUCCCUGAAGUAUCUGUACCUUGGAGGGAAUCAAAUCACGAAUGUACCCAAGGACAUUUGGAAGCUACAGCAGUUGCAGCUGCUAUCACUUGGUGGUAACCUGAUCAGCGAAAUCCCAGAAACCGUCGGACUGCUGAAUCAUCUGCAUGCACUCGUACUCUGUGAUAAUCUGCUCGAGGUGCUACCCGCGUCCAUUGCCCGCCUGGUGAACCUGAAGUCCCUGCUGCUGCACAAAAACCAGCUGCGCCAUCUUCCACGGGAAAUCAUCACGCUGCGAAACCUGACGGAGUUGAGUCUGCGUGACAAUCCAUUGGUGGUGCGUUUUGUCAAGGAUAUGACCCUAAAUCCUCCCAGCUUGCUCGAGCUCGCUGGACGUACCGUGAAAACCUGUGCCAUUCGUUACGGACCGGAAGAUUUACCGCGCAUGCUAAUAGAGUACCUGCAGACGGCCAACUGCUGUGUCAACCCCAACUGCAAAGGAGUAUUCUUCGACAAUCGAGUAGAGCACAUCAAAUUCGUGGAUUUCUGCGGCAAAUACCGUAUACCGUUGUUGCAGUAUUUGUGUUCUUCUAAAUGCGUCGCCGAUACGAGCUCGUCGGAUCCGGGCAGCGAACCAAGCAGCAGCAUGAUGCGUAAGGUGUUGCUGGGCUAGCAAGAAGCUCGUUACGCUGCUGAUGGAGUACAAAUUGUUACGUUUACCGCAAUGUGCCGUUGGAAAAAUCCGAGACCGAUCCAAUCCGUAGACCAACAACGCUCGGUUGAUCCGGGACAAGUGCAAGCAGCCUAGGAAUCACCAUACCACAUUUUUACUUCAUUGGAACAUUGGAUUAUCGUAAGGAUUCGUUUAGUGGAGAGAAAACAAACACAAAAUGUCAAAUCUGCUUAAGACGUACCAAUUAGGAGCCUGCAGCAAUUAACCGAUUUAUUGAAAGAUGUGCAUCAUCGAACGGGUAACGGGUUUCUAUCAAAUUCAAUGUUCAAAAAGGUUCCAAACAGUAACACAAGCUGAUCCAAAAAGGGCAAUUUGAUGAGCGUUCAUGCUUGGAUGCCUAAUGCGAACACAAGUCAACACAGAGCUAUUCAGAUAGGCUAACAAACUCCCCUCCACUUUAACCUGCAGCAUCCAUAUUAAUUGUUAGCAUAACGGCAGUGCCUCUGGUGGGAGAGAAUAAUGUGAUGAAGUGCUCCAAGAGCAGGUAGGAAGAGAAGGGCAAAGCUGUAGAUUUUAUGUUGUGUACACAUGCGUUGAACCGUAAAUAACUCUGGCAAAGAAUUCAACAAACCAAGCGAUA